UGACAACCCGUCAUCCACUAACACUACUCACCUAUAGCUAGGAUCUUCAUCACGCCCCUUCUCGGUACCGUUUCUUACAUACAUCAGCCUGCCUCACCAUGUCCUACAUGUCUUACCCCCAGCGUUCUACGUGGCUUGAAUUUCUUGGUUUCCCUUCAGGCUACGGUCCUUGGACUUAUCGUGCUGUCCCGGAACCUUUGGUCUCAUCCGAGCUUGCACGUCUCGCUUCCGCACAUGUCAUUAACGGUAAGACUACCACGACGAGCUGCGUCUCCCUCCAGCCCAGCCCAGACCCAGAGGAGCGUUCCCAGGACCGCUUUGUUGUCCUGGACUGGGACGGGUGGUCGUUUUCUGCUGUGUUUGAUGGCCACGGAGGAGAAGAGGCUGUAGACUACGUCGUCGAAGAGCUCCCCUUGUUAAUCCACGCAGCUCUUACCAAGGCUCUCACUGAUGCAGGCACCGCACCCCUUGCACCCUCGAUCGUCUCCGCCCUUCUGCAGUCUUCUAUCCAAGCUGUCGAUGACACCCUCACCGACGGAGUCAAACACCUCUUCCCCGACGAAGCAGCCCUCGCCGCCCUCACAGACGAACAAAUCAAGUCCACCAUUAACGGCCCCACAAACCCCAACAAUCUCGCAAUCGUGCGUUGCAUGCGCGGCACGACCGCUCUCGUUUCGCUUGUGGACCCAAAGAAGGAGAACCUCUGGGUAGCCAGUCUCGGAGAUUGUCAGGCUGUACUUGGCACUAAGAAUUCCAAUGGUACAUGGAAUGCAACGAUCCUCAGUGUAAACCACAGCGGCAGGAACCCUGCCGAGGUCGCACGUAUCCGCAAGGAACAUCCAAGCGAACCUGAAUGCAUCAAAUUUGACAGAGUUCUCGGCGCAAUCGCCGUCACACGAGCCAUCGGAGACCAUAUCUUCAAGCUUCCGGUAUCAUACACCCGACGAGUCUUCAUGAACUGCGUUCCCAGCUUUUCCGUCUCUUCCAAACUUGAGGAUUUCCUCCCUCGUAACAAAUCGCCACCCUAUCUGUCCGCUCUCGCCGACAUUAAACACGUCGCUCUACAGCCAUCCACAGCUAACGUAUCUGAAGGAUUCUUGAUUUUGUGCUCAGACGGCCUCGUAGAUCUGUACGAUCAUACGAAUGGACGGAGAGCUACCUUGGAGGAGAUUCUCACACAAUGGGUCCAUAUGCUUGGCGAGCGUAUGGACCGGAAAGGUGCCAAUGUCGGCGAUGAAGCCGACAAGGACAAUGCAGCAUUGGUGCUGCUGAGAUACGCGUUGAUGGGCGGAGGGGCAGAUGACCCAGACCGCCUCGCGCAGAUGCUCACAGUAGAGAUACCCUGGCGGUGGAUGGAUGAUACGACCGCGCUUGUCCAGACCCUGUAAUACUCUAGCGGAGCGCAUCUACGGGCAGUCGGACCGUAGGUGUAGCACUUUGAGCCGUUUGGCCUUAGGUCCUACGCUUGCCUCGAACUGCACAAGGCUUUUCGCGGAUGCCCCGUACUGGCAAUUAGGAGAAAUGAGCUCUACCUUACUAUUAAACAGGGAGAAUCAAAUAAUUUUGGCGCGGAUAAUCUCAAUGUUUUAUCACAACCACGCACCCCUCCCAGGGCUCCCCGGCACCUUCCCACUACCCUACCGAAACUUGAAGAUCGGCGAAACUCCACGUCAUCCAGCUCAUUGUCGGAGCCCUGCCUCAGGACCCAUCCUUGCUCAAAGCAGAAUCCUUUACCCAUCACCAGUAUCGAAAGCGGGUUCGAUGAAAAAGAUGCACCCAAAAGAGUGUCCUCACCCGAGACACCGCAUGUUAACGUGCCCGGUUAUGGUCGAUUACAUGUGCUCA